GGAGACCUCAGCAUAGUAGACUGGGUGCCGCCUGGGGCCACCCCAACCUGGGCCGGGAGCGCACGCGUCUUUGCAGCCGUCCGCGACGGUGCAACUUCCCCAGGGAGCCGAGUUUAGUGGAAGCGACUGAGUAUCUCGAGGAACCGGCGGUCCGGGAGAUUCCCGCUCAUUUCCAGCGGCUCUGAAGGAGGGCCCGACCCGCAGGUCCGUCCGCGGAGUCGCCGGGAGUGUAACCCGAGGAGCCCCGCCCCGCCGCGCCCCGCCUUAAAGGUUCUCCGAGGCCAGGGGCGCACAGCGGCGGCCGCGGUCAUGGAGGGCGCGCUCGCGGCCAACUGGAGCGCCGAGGCGGCCAACGGGAGCGCGGCGCCGCCGGGGGCCGAGGGCAACCGCACCGCCGGGCCGCCGCAGCGCAACGAGGCCCUGGCGCGCGUGGAGGUGGCCGUGCUGUGCCUCAUCCUCUUCCUGGCGCUGAGCGGCAACGCGUGUGUGCUGCUGGCGCUGCGCACCACGCGCCACAAGCACUCGCGCCUCUUCUUCUUCAUGAAGCACUUGAGCAUCGCCGAUCUGGUGGUGGCCGUGUUUCAGGUGCUGCCGCAGCUGCUGUGGGACAUCACCUUCCGCUUCUACGGGCCCGACCUGCUGUGCCGCCUGGUCAAGUACCUGCAGGUGGUGGGCAUGUUCGCCUCCACCUACCUGCUGCUGCUCAUGUCCCUCGACCGCUGCCUGGCCAUCUGCCAGCCGCUGCGCGUGCUGCGCCGCCGCGUGGACCGCCUGGCCGUGCUCGCCACGUGGCUGGGCUGCCUGGUGGCCAGCGCACCGCAGGUGCACAUCUUCUCGCUGCGCGAGGUGGCCGACGGCGUCUUUGACUGCUGGGCUGUCUUCAUCCAGCCCUGGGGGCCCAAGGCCUACGUCACGUGGAUCACGCUGUCCGUCUACAUCGUGCCGGUCAUCGUGCUCGCCGCCUGCUACGGCCUCAUCAGCUUCAAGAUCUGGCAGAACUUGCGGCUCAAGACGGCGGCGGCGGCCGCUGAGGGGCCCGAGGGCGCGUCGGCGGGCAGCGGGGGGCACGCGGCUAUGGCCCGCGUCAGCAGCGUCAAGCUCAUCUCCAAGGCCAAGAUCCGCACGGUCAAGAUGACCUUCAUCAUCGUGCUGGCCUUCAUCGUGUGCUGGACGCCAUUCUUCUUCGUGCAGAUGUGGAGCGUCUGGGACCCCAACGCGCCCAAGGAAGCCUCGGCUUUCAUCAUAGCCAUGCUCCUGGCCAGCCUCAACAGCUGCUGCAACCCCUGGAUCUACAUGCUGUUCACGGGCCACCUCUUCCACGAACUCGUGCAGCGCUUCUUCUGCUGCUCCUCCAGCUACCUGAAGGGCAGCCGGCCCGGGGAGACGAGCGCCAGCAAGAAGAGCAACUCGUCCACCUUUGUCCUGAGCGGGCACAGCUCCAGCCAGAAGAGCUGCUUGCAGCCAGCCACUGUGUGACCAGCCUGGGUCAGGACUGCCUCCCUGGGCUGGGGUUGUGCUGACACAGACAGUCCGCCCCUCAGUGGCCAUGUAUGUAUGUGUAUAAGGUACCUUGCAGUUUGUACCCCUCCACACCUGGGGUGGCUUGAGCGGGGUGGGGGAUUCUGACCUGGGAGGGGGCAGUGGCCUCUACGGUGAAAGGUGAUAGGGUGACUCAUCGUCAGACCACCCCUGGGCCUCCCCUGGGCUCCCACAGGCACUCCUGCUACCCUGGCCCCACUGCUGCCCCUAGUGGGUGGGUUGCUUUUUUUUUUUUUUUUUUUCCUGAACCUCUAAUUUCACUCCAGUACAUUUUUACUCCUUUAUUCUGGGAUCUUGUGAAAGGUGGUAAGUAAAGGAUUGGUGACCA